UUUGUUACCGAAGUUAAAAAAGUUGAGAGUAUUAUCUUUAGAAAAAUCCACCAUCACUUAUUUACCUGAUUCAAUUGGAGGUUUGAUGCAUCUACGGUAUCUCAACUUUUCUUAUACUAUGAUCAAAAGUUUGCCUGAGUCAACAAGCCAAUUACUUAAUUUGCAAACUUUAUUAUUAAAAGGUUGUUCUCGUCUUGUGAAUUUACCUUUCAACAUGAGAUAUUUGAUCAAUUUAUAUCAUCUUGAUAUAAGUGGUCACAAUUCAUUGAAAGAGAUGCCGUCAAGAAUGAAAGAGUUGAAAAAUCUCCGAGUAUUGUCUAACUUUAUUGUAGGGAAGGAAUCGAGCUUGAAUUUGGAAGAUUUGAAGAGUUUAAGUUCUCUUCAAGGAUAGCUUUGCAUUUCCAAAUUAGGGAAUGUGACGGAUCCAAUGCAAAUAGGGGGGCAAAUACUAACCAAUAAGACCAAUCUAAAAGUCUUGUUGCUAGAAUGGGAAGAGCAACUGUUUGAGGACUCACGGACAGAGGAUAUAGAAAUGCAUGUAAUUGACAAGCUAAAACCUCCAAGCAGUUUAACAAAACUCACAAUCAAGCGCUAUGGUGGUCAAAGUUUCCCGUCUUGGUUCAAAGAUCCAGCAUCAGUCUCUAAUUUGGUGGUCCUAAAAUUAGAAAACUGUGCAAAAUGCCAAUCCUUGCCUUCACUUGAAAUGUUGAGCUCACUUAAAGACUUAACCAUCGAAGGAAUGGCAAGUCUAAAAAGAAUAGAUUUCCAAACGCCUUUGAAGUCAUUAGAGGUUCUUCGUUUUAAGAAUUUGCGAGAAUGGGAACAUUGGGACACUUGGAGAGGAAAAGAAGAUGUUGAAAGAUUAGCUCAGCUCCGUGAACUUUGCAUUGAAGAAUGUCCCAAACUUACUGGAGAAUUUCUUGAUCAUCUUCCUUCAUUGGAAAGAUUUGUUAUUCAGGAAUGUUCAAAGUUGGUGGUAUCAGUCUCAAGUUUGCCAGAAGAAUGCGAAGUAGGUAUUGAUUAUGAUUGUAAGGGAGUGGUGUGCAAUGGCAGUUCAAUUAAUUUUGAAAGGCUGAAAUAUUCUCCAGGGACUUCAAAUAUUUCAGAGGUUGAAAGUAAAUUAAAGCAAGGAUCCCAAAGAGUAGAAACUUUAGCAAUUAACGGCAGUGAUGAGAUCUUGGAUUCAUGGCAAAAUUUGCCUAAUAUUGAGAGGUCAUCAACACUGGGAGGUAUGCAUGGUCUCACCUUCCUUAAAAAGUUAGAAUUAUGGAAUUGUAAAAAUGAUUUUGUUUUCUUUGAAAACACCAAUUUUCUUCCCAAUCUAAGUGAUCUUUGGUUGCACGAAUGCCAAACUCUAGUAUCCUUACCUAUAGGAUUGAAGCUAAAGAACCUGAAAACAUUGAUUAUUUGGGAAUGUAAUUCUCUAAGAUCCAUUGAUUGUAGCAUGCUACCUUCAUCUCUAAAAGCGCUUCGGAUAUAUAAUUGUGAGAAACUAGAAAUUUUGAUGGAUUUAAGUACUUCCUUUCUCGAGGAAUUAAGAAUUGAUGGGUGCCAUUCUCUCACGUGCACAUCACCACGUCAGUUGCCUGAUACACUCCAAGAGAUAUAUAUUUUUUACUGCUAUGAGCUCAAAACGUUAUCAAGAUGUCAGUAUUUACCUAAGGCUCUUACAUUCCUCUUCAUUAAAUGGUGUGGAGAGCUAAAGUCAAUCGAUGGGUCCUUUGAAGGAAGCACGUGUCUUAAGAGUGUUAAUUUAGUUGAUUGUGAAAAUCUUGAAUCCAUACCUCUAGGUCUACAAAAUCUUUCUUGUGUCGACUCUCUUAUGAUAGAAGGAUGUCCUAAAUUGUUGGUUAGAGAAGGUGUUCCCACAAGCUUAAUUAGACUCAAAUUAGGUGGAGAUGCAACAUCCAUUUUACAAGAGGACAAGGGAAUGCUCACCUCUCUUACAGCAUUGAGCAUAAGGGAAUGUCCGAGGAUUGAAUCAAUUCCAAAUCUCAGCAGCCUCACCUCUCUUACAGAAUUCGUCAUUUGGAAUUGCCCAAGGAUCGAAUCAAUUCCAAAUCUCAGCAGCCUCACCUCUCUUGCAGAAUUCGUCAUUCAGAAUUGCCCAACGAUCGAAUCAAUUCCAAAUCUCACCAACCUCACCUCUCUUAGAAGAUUGGCCAUUCAGGAUUGCUCAAAGCUCAAAUCCAUUCCCCUAGGCAACCUUGAACAAUUGGAAAUUAGGGGAUGCCCAAAACUCAAAUCCUUGCAAAGUCUGCCAUCCUCACUUCUGUCUUUACAGGUUGAAGAUUGUCCAUUGCUAACAAAACAGUGGAGCAAGGGUAAAAAAAGAUAUUGCUCAAAGAUUGCUCACAUUCCCAAGGUUCGUAUAGAUAGCAAAUUGAUCUUCAAUUCAAAGGAGGAAUAAAGCGAUGAAUCAUCUGAUUAACCAAGUGAUCGAAGUCAUUAUCUCAUUUGAACUUGCUAGAUGAUCAUCAACAAGAAUCUACCAGUG